UUUGCAUAUCAUGGAUAUAUAAUUACAACAAAAUGCAGUGCAUGGCUGUUCACCAAUUUGCUCUAUCAACUCUCCCUAGUAGCAGUAGUAAUAAUCAGUUUGGGAGAACCCUAUGUAAGUCGAAUAAAUAAGCUGGAGGAAAAUGUGAAAAGGAUGCUAGCUGGGAUGGAAAACUCUUUAGCCCAACUUGAGCUAAUUGAUACAUUACAAAGACUUGGAAUAUCUUAUCGUUUUGAGAAUGAAAUAACUUCUAUUUUGAAAGAAAAGUUCAUCAAUAUUAAUAAUAACAAUAUUUUUAAUAACCCUAUUAAUUAUGAUUUGUAUACCACUGCUCUCAAUCUUAGACUUCUACGCCAAUAUGGAUUCACAGCACCUCAAGAAAUUUUUUAUGAUUUUAUGGACGAGAGAGGAAAGUUCAAAGAAAACAUAAGUGAUGAUAUUGAGGGAGCAUUAGCCUUAUAUGAAGCUUCAUUUUAUGAGAAAAAAGGUGAAAGUAUUUUGGAAGAAGCAAGAGUUUUCACAACCGAAUGUCUCAAAAAAUACAUAACAAUGAUGGAGCAAAACAGAUUAUUGUUAUCAUUAGAUGAUAAUGUUAUGGCAUUAUUAGUGAAACAUGCCUUGGAGAUUCCACUCCAUUGGAGGAUAACAAGAUCGGAAGCUAGGUGGUUUAUUGGUGUAUAUGAGAAAAAACAUGACAUGAAUUCUACUUUGCUUGAGUUAGCCAAACUGGAUUUUAACAUGGUGCAAUCAAUAUAUCAAGAAGAUCUAAAACAUCUCUCCAGGUGGUGGGGGCAUUCUAAACUUGGAGAGAAAACGGAUUAUGCUAGAGAUAGAUUGGUGGAGGCUUUUUUAUGGCAGGUUGGAGUAAGAUUUGAGCCACAAUUCAGCAACUUUAGGAGAAUAUCUGCAAGAAUAUAUGUUCUAAUUACAAUAAUUGAUGAUAUAUAUGAUGUGUAUGGAACUUUGGAGGAACUAGAGCUUUUCACCAAGGCUGUUGAGAGAUGGGAUGUGAAAACUAUAGACGAGUUACCAGAGUACAUGAAGAUGCCAUUCUUUACUUUGUUUAAUACCGUAAAUGAAAUGGCCUAUGAUGUGUUAGAAGAGCAAAAUUUCGUCAACAUUGAAUACCUCAAGAACUCGUGGGCAGAGUUAUGUAGAUGUUAUUUGCAAGAGGCAAAAUGGUUCUAUAGUGGACACAAACCAAGCUUGAAAGAAUAUAUUGAUAAUGCUUGGCUUUCAAUUGGAUCAAUAGUUAUUUUUGUGCAUGCAUUUUUCUCUUUUACAAAUCCCAUAGCAAAAGAGUCCUUAAAAUGCUUUGAAGAGGGUGAUCAUCAUGCUAUAAGUCGCCAAGGAUCCAUGAUUCUACGACUUGCAGAUGAUCUUGGAACAUCAUCGGAUGAAUUGAAAAGAGGUGACGUCCCUAAAUCGAUUCAAUGUUACAUGCACGACACUGGUGUUUCUGAAGAGGAAGCUCGUGAGCACAUCAAGUUUUUGAUAAGUGAAACAUGGAAAGAGAUGAAUAAUGAAGAUGAAUAUAACUCUUGUUUCUCAAAAGAGUAUGUUCAAGUUUGCAAAAAUCUUAGUAGGAUGGCACUAUUUAUGUACCAGCAUGGAGAUGGACAUGGUUCUCAGAAUAGUCAUUCAAAGAAACGCAUUUCAGACUUGAUUAUGGAUCCUAUUCCAUUAUAAAGUUAAUUAAUUAAUAAUUAAUCAUAAUGAAGAAGAUAAUAAAUAAUUAAAAAAAGACUUUAUUGUAUUGAACUUUGUGUGUUGAAAAUAACAAUUUGAGUAGUGUAGUACUCAUCUCUA